UGACAAUACAGAAUCCUACGCCGGAUGCCUCGACGGCCCUAAGUGCCACAGAGAACGAUGAGCUUGGGUAAGUGCAAUGCCAUAUCGUGUGAAGGCUUCUUCCGUCAGCAUAUUAGGAACUUGCCUUUUAUUAUCCGUAUACACGAUGCGAGCAGCUUGUUGAAAAAGCUGUUGGUGUGCUUACCGAGCCAUGUGCGACAGCUCGCCUAUGCUUCAGGUAGAUUCUUGGAUAUCAAGGGCUCUAAAGUGCUACCACGUUGCUCCGAACAAUCUUAGAAUCAUCGACUGUGCACAAACGAGGCUGACCAUACCGUACCAAUAGUCGGCCGAGAACACCAUUGAGUACCCGGCAACCCGACUUCUUCGGGAAGAGGCAGCAGCGGGCGGAUCUUGAUGCCG